CUAUUAGUUCUGUUCUGACCAUGGAAAAUAAAUAUUUUCUAUGAAUAAAAUACACGUCUCAACUCACAUGAUUGACAGAAUCACAACUGUUUUUCAAAUUCCUUGAAUCUUUAUCGAUUUAUUUGUUUUGUUUUAUGCCAGCAUAUGAAAUGGCUGCGGUUCAAGUACAUGAAUAUAACGUGAAAAUGACAUGCGAAGGCUGCUCGGGUGCUGUAGAAAGAGUUUUGGGAAAGUUGAGAGACAAGGGAGUGCAAGAUUUUACUAUCAGUUUGCCUGAUCAGAAAGUUGAAGUGAAAACUUCACUAUCAUCUGAAGAGAUUCUAGAAACUAUAAAGAAGACUGGUAAAGAAGUCAAAUACUUAUCUUCUCACAUUUAAUAUUAGAAUUUUAUCCCUUAUGCGCAGCUUCAGUAUAUGUAAAAUAUGAGAAUUUUUUAAAUAUCUAUUAUAUAAAAUGUAUUAAUUUCAAGUGAAAAAUAAAUUCAUAUUUAUAAAAAGUA